GUAGGAAUUUCCGGUUACGUCAAGGCGUCAGGACUCCAUUAGAGCUGCAGCUGUUUUGAGAGAAACAACAACAAUAACGGGCUAACUGACAGCGCUUCCAUAGUGACAGUCCGUUGUGAGCCCGACAACGAGGCCUCAAAACUGGAAACUUAACCUUCAUUUCCCACCCGGAGCUCCGCCGGCUUCUAACCACGGCCGCUCUCGGUGAGGAAACUCUGGCCUCCGCUUCCUCCUCCUCCGACUCGGACACCGGCGGAGCGUCGCCGCCCCCGCGGAAGAAGCACCGAGCCUCGGCGGCGGAGGGAGCAGGAGAGCCCGGGGCUUCAGCAGUUGUAACAGGCCUGUCCGGAGUUGUCUUAGGACUUGCUACACACUCUCAAGCCACCUCUGCCAUCCACUUUACCCGAAGUAUCGUCAAUAACCUCAGCAGCAGUAUGCAGGCAAACGGGGCAGGACAGGGACAAGAAUCCUCAGAGCUCUCCUGCCUGAACAGCGCACAAAACGGGGAGUCAUCCUCGGCCGGCGGAACCCAUUCCAAUGGGCUUCUCUCCAGCACUGACAACGGGAAUAGCGUCGGUACCAGCAACGGGUCCUCAACCGGUCCCGGUUCGGGGACUUCGGCUACGGCUUCGAGCUCGGAGGUCGGCUCGUUGAAAAAGAAAAAACGACUAUCGCAGGCGGAGGAAGAUGUCAUACGAUUAAUAGGGCAACAUCUCCACGGACUAGGGCUAAAUCAGACAGUGGACCUGCUGAUGCAGGAAUCAGGCUGCAGACUGGAACACCCCUCAGCUACCAAGUUCCGCAACCAUGUCAUGGAAGGAGAGUGGGACAAGGCUGAGAAUGAUCUCAAUGAGCUGAGAGCACUGAUGCAUUCUCCCAAUGCUAUUGUGCGUAUGAAGUUCCUGCUUCUGCAGCAGAAGUACCUCGAAUAUCUGGAGGAUGGUAAAGUCCUGGAGGCUCUACAGGUGCUCCGGGGAGAGCUGACGCCACUGAAAUAUAACACAGAUCGCAUCCACGUUCUCAGCGGAUACCUAAUGUGUAGCCACGCUGAGGAUCUGAGAGCAAAGGCAGAGUGGGAGGGCAAAGGCACCGCCUCACGCUGCCGACUGCUGGACAAAUUACAGACGUACUUGCCACCCUCUGUGAUGCUGCCCCCGCGGCGGCUGCAGACGCUGCUGCGGCAAGCAGUGGAGCUGCAGAGGGACCGCUGCCUCUAUCACAACACCAAGCUGGACAGUAGCCUGGACUCAGUCUCUCUCCUCCUCGAUCACGUCUGCAGCAGGAAACAGUUCCCCUGCUACACCCAGCAGAUUCUGACAGAGCACUGUAAUGAAGUGUGGUUCUGCAAAUUCUCGAACGACGGCACCAAACUAGCCACCGGCUCCAAAGACACUACUGUCAUAAUUUGGCAAGUGGACCCGGAGAGCCACCAGUUGAAGCUGCUGCGGACCCUGGAGGGUCACGCAUACGGUGUCUCCUACUUAGCCUGGAGUCCCGAUGACACCUACCUGAUCGCCUGUGGACCUGACGACUGCUCUGAACUGUGGCUCUGGAAUGUUCAGACGGGGGAGCUGCGGACCAAAAUGUCCCAGUCCCAUGAAGACAGUCUGACCAGUGUGGCCUGGAACCCUGACGGCAAACGCUUUGUUACAGGAGGACAAAGGGGACAGUUUUAUCAAUGUGACCUGGACGGUAACCUGUUGGACUCCUGGGAGGGCGUGAGGGUGCAGUGCCUGUGGUGCCUGGGUGAUGGCAGAGCAGUUCUGGCCUCGGACACCCACCAACGUAUCCGGGGGUACAACUUCGAGGACCUUACAGACAGAAACAUAGUUCAGGAGGACCAUCCCAUCAUGUCUUUUACCGUUUCAAAGAAUGGAAGAUUAGCUUUGUUAAAUGUAGCAACUCAGGGAGUGCACCUCUGGGACCUCCAAGACCGUGUGCUGGUGAGGAAGUACCAAGGUGUGACCCAGGGCUUCUACACCAUCCACUCCUGCUUUGGAGGACACAACGAAGACUUCAUUGCCAGUGGCAGCGAAGACCACAAAGUGUACAUCUGGCACCGGCGUGGCGAACUCCCCAUUGCUGAGCUAACAGGACACACACGCACCGUUAACUGUGUGAGCUGGAACCCGGCCAUCCCAGGACUCAUGGCUUCCGCCUCAGAUGACGGCACAGUGCGCGUCUGGGGUCCUGCACCCUUCCUUGACACACAAGAGGCGGAUGGACUCAAUGAGAACUGCAGUAACAUGGACAGUUGAUGGUCACUUAUGGACCAGAUGACAUCGCUCUUUAACAACAAUCCAAGAAUCCCACAAUAAAAACAAAAAUCUGAACAGGCAAAUAAAACGGCAACCUAAAGCAAGUCAAGAAUAGCAAACAAAACCCACCAAGACAAAAACAGAAAACAAACGUGAGAAAAAUUUGUCUCCUGAGACUGGCCUAGACAAAAUGGUGGAGUUGAUGACAGACACUGAAAAAAUUCAGGUCCUCAUCCAAAAAACCUGAUCCUGACCUGGAGGAAAACCAGUCAAAUGGCCAGCGGGAUACAACCGCCAUCCACUGGUGAGCUGUAACGGCUGUUCUCCUCCUCCAACUGAUCCCUCCUCCCCCCAUCUUGUUGCAUGGUCACCAGCCAUGCUAGGUCCUCGCAGAGUUUCCCAGGAAACCCACCUCCACCUUUAGCUCGGAGACAGACACCACGCAGACCAGCCGUCUACUCAUUGGACUACACCUGUCUGCCUGUUUGUCUCUCACAUUACCUGUAUAAUGUCUCCAUGGACAUGGGUGGGGGUGUUGUUGGGGGAGGAUGGUGCAUAGGGGGGAUAUAGCAACUCUUCUGUAUGUUUUCCCUCUUCCCCCACUCUCUUGCUAUAUUCUCUUGCAUCCUUCGAUCUGUUGGACAAAGGCCGAGAAAAACCCACCACGAAAAAACACUGACCGACCUGGCACUGGCAAAGGACACACACACACAACAACAAAAAGGCUAUGCUAAAUGUUGGGAUUUUUUUAUGAUAGUCAUAGCGUAAUUCUCAUUUAAGAGGUGAAUCUUAGCUCAAGUAGUGCCCGUGGAAAGCUUUAGUGUGAAGAUUCCACUUUCUGUUUGUUGACAUUAGGAAAACAGACUUUUUAUUCCUUAAUUUAACUUCUAACAAGGACAGUCGCCGUAAUGUUUCCAACUGACAGCCCCCUUCCCCUUCCCCCCACGCCCUUUGUUGAGCUAGCUACCGCACAACUCCAUUACAUCUGCCUAAGAGGAGAUGGACAGAGGGAUUCACAGGUCACAUAUCAACAGUCAGGGCAGGCGGGUGGCUGAGAUGUUGUCGGUUUGAUCUAUUUCAGAAGACGUGCUUUCAGAUGUGAAAGUGUAACUUCGACUGCACACCGGUGACUGCUUUCCCUCCUCUGUGUGUGUGUGUGUGUGCGCGCGUGCGUGUGUGCUUGAGAGAGUGAGUGAGAGAGAUUAUGCAUGCACACGAGUGAGAGUUGACAUUUGUGGGUGCAGGUUUAAUUGGUGCGUGUUUUUUUUUUUUUUUUCCCUUUUGUUUUUUUGUAUGUGUGCUCAAUUUCACACCAGCAGAAGAUCCACCCUCCUCCCUCUUGCUCCUAAUCCCAUAGCAAAAAUUGUAAAGAGUAUUUUAAACUAAUUCUAAGUUAUCCAAAGCCCCAUAGGGACCUCUAUCUGUGGAACAAAGAAUACUUGAGAGCCAUUUUGUAAAAAAAAAAGAAGAAAAAAAACCUUUUCUUUAAUCUGGGGCUUUAAUUUUUACAUUUGAAUUUGUUUCACCUGAACCACGUGGCAUUCAAACAGCACUGAGUUACCGGCAACGAGUCAUCUUUGCGUGGAAUAAAAAAAAAAAAGUCUAGAAAGAGCGAAUUUGAGUGAUUAGUUUGAAGAAAACUGUAAAGUGUUGUGUUAUUAGCAAAGGGUCAUUUCAUACAAGAAGUCAAUGAUUGUAAUUUUUGGAAGAGUAGUUACAGAGAAGAGGCACCGAUAAACCAGAACCACUCUCAACACACAAACUGCCUUCCUGUUCAUACAGUUGCACACAAACCCCCUCAGCUCCCCUCUCCCCCCACUGCACUUUGAGUGGUCUUUCUGCUCUCGCCGCCUACCGCAAUGGCAUAAAUCCAUGAUGUUAUCACAGGCUUAUGGUCGCCACGCUUUGCCGUUUCCAAUGGCUCAAAAGGUCGCAUUGGCAAAGGCUCAAAAACUUAACCGGAGAUUGCUAAAGGGGUCGACUCUCCCUUACCAUGCCUCUAUGCACCCAAAAGCAGUGACUGAUUAUCUUUGUAGACGUUAUAAAAAAAAAAAACAACUGAACCUCGCACGUAUAAGGCACAGCAGCCUCGUCUCGAGGGUAUCGCUCUCGGAGCUAAGAGAGCUGAGCAUUAAACAAGCCCCCCUUUUUGCCCUCCAGCCGAGUUCUACAGUGGUCAGUGCACCAUUCAAAGCUUUCUUCCUCCCUUUUUCAGGGUAUGUAAUGACUAUUUGCUACAGACUGCUAUACAGUAAAACGUGUUUAAAAUCAGUGCUUUUCUGUCUGUUUUUAUUGAACUUUUUUGUUACUUAAAAUUUUUUGUUCACAUUAUAUCAUUUUUUUGGUUGACCUCUAUCCCUUGUAUGAUCAUAUUAAAAUAUAACCAGACAUUUG